GUAAAUUACAUUUUAUCCUCUAAACUAUUACUCUUGUUUUACCCUCUCUCUCCUAGAGGACAGAAAAUGGUGGUCACAGCCUGCGCUCAAUCUCCUCCAGCAGUUAUGUCAAAUUAUGAUCGGAAAAGUGAACUAAAAGCUUUUGAUGAUUCAAAAGCUGGUGUAAAGGGACUUGUAGAUGCCGGGGUGGCGACAAUCCCACGUAUAUUUCUCGGCCAUGACCAAAUUAAGCAUGAUGUGAAGUUGCAUUCUUCAGGAGACUCCCAGCAGUAUGGUAUUCCAGUUAUAGACGUCACAGGCAUCCAUGAAGAUCCCGGGCGACGUGCUUAUAUCGCCGACAAAGUCCGGAAUGCUUGCGAAAAAUGGGGUUUUUUCCAGUUAAUCAAUCACGGAGUUCCGGCGAGUGUAAUGAAUGGAAUGAUAGAUGGGGUUCGACGGUUUCACGAGCAAGACACUGAGGUGAAGAAACAGUUCUAUUCCCGAGAUGUCACGAGAAGGUUUACAUACAACAGUAAUUUUGAUCUGUAUCAAGCACCAGCAGCUAGUUGGAGGGAUACAUUUUAUUGUGUUAUGGCUCCUCAUCGACCUGAUCGUGAAGAACUUCCCGCGGUGUGCAGGUAUGUGUUAGGAUUCUAACAUUAGUAUGUUCCUAGUACAGUGGUUUCUCAUGCCACAACUGAUAAAUGUUUUUUUUUUAAUCUCAAUAUUAUUGUGCAAUACCCAUUUAAUUUUCCAACAGUUCCUUGGUGUGAUGCUUAAAGAUUUCUUCAAAAGGGAUGGAAAACUAUG